CAGGGUAAACUGGGUGGAGCUCAGUGGCGCCUUCACCAGUGACUGGGAGAUAUGUUGCAUAUGUAUCUCUCUCUAUUUGUCUAGUCACGUAAAUAUAUCGACAUGUAAACAGUGUGUGUACUUCGUGGGUCAAGAGGAAUCCUUGAAAUACACUUGAAGGACCUGUACAGCUCAAGAUCAGCAAGAUAGCUCGGUGACUGGAGGCCGGGCGUGCUGAGAGGUUCGUCACUGGUGGGGAUACAGGCUGUGUGGGGGUGAGGCAAGAUGUUAGAAACGCGGUUAUCAGGCAUGGGUGUGAUGAAAGCAGCGCUGGUGCUGGUACUAGUGGGUGCUGCCUGCGAGGCAGUCAUCAAGCAUCCACCCAUGAUGACGAAGCAGCCACCCUCUAACGAGGAGCUCCUCUUCCAAGUUGCCUCCAGGCUGGAUGAAAACGACAAGCCCUUUAUCAUUGAGUGUGAGGCUGAAGGCGAGCCUGCUCCAAAGUAUCGGUGGGUUAAAAACGGCAAAGAUUUUGACUGGCAGACAUACGACAAUCGUAUCUCACAGCAGCCAGGCAGAGGCACUUUGGUUAUCACUUCACCCAGGGAUGAGGAUUUGGGUCAGUAUCAGUGUUUUGCCACCAACGAAAUGGGGACAGCCACAUCCAACUCUGUGUUUGUUCGCAAAUCAGAGUUGAAUAGCUUUAAGAAUGAAGAUCCAUUGACAGAAACUGUAAAUGAGGGCGACCCUGUUGGAUUGGCCUGCCAGCCUCCAGAUGGUUAUCCCAAACCCUAUGUUUACUGGAUGAUUCAGGAUGACAGAGGUGCUCUGCGUAGCAUCAACUCUUCACGAAUGACUGUUGACCCUGAAGGCACACUCUGGUUCUCAAAUGUCACUCGCUUCGAUGAAUCCAACGACUUCACUUAUGCUUGUUCUGCAACUUCAACAUUCCGCAAUGAGUACAAGUUGGGUAAUCGGGUGUACCUCCGUGUAUACCAGAGUGGUAGCACGGCUGUCCAGACUAAAAAUGAACCAAGAGAACAGUUCAAAUCUCGCAAGAACACAAACAUAUUGAAAGGCAAAACAUUACGCCUCUGGUGCAUCUUCAGUGGGACACCUCUUCCUGAAAUGCGUUGGACAAAACGCAAUAAUUCUCAGCUAGCGCCACUUCCACAAGAUCGAAUUGAUUACGAGAACUACGGCAAGACACUUGUAAUUCGCUAUGUGGACUUUGAAGAUGAAGGCAGUUAUGAAUGUGAGGCGAGUAAUGGUGUAGGUGUGGCCAAGUCCUAUUCAAUGAAUGUUGUAGUCCAAGCAAUCCCAUACUUUGAGAAAGAACCUGAGGUGGAAAACAAGGCUGAAGGAGAAACAGCAGUAUUUUACUGUGAAUCUGCUGGCAAGCCUCCCCCUAAGCAGUAUUGGAUUUACAAUGGCAUGCCUAUUGAAAAAGCACCCCCAAAUCCUCGCCGUAUUGUAGAGCGUAAUAAGAUUACCAUUUAUAACCUGACCAAGGCUGAUACAGGAAAUUAUGGUUGUAAUGCUUCAAAUGAACAUGGAUAUGUUUACAAGGACGUAUAUGUCAAUGUACUUGCAUUGCCUCCUGACAUCCGUGUUCCACCAAGUAACAUCCAGUCGGUUGAUGGACAGCAAGUUAACAUGACCUGCCGAGUAUUUGGUGCUCCAAAACCACGAAUCACUUGGAUCAGAGACGGUCUUGAACUGACUGGUGGACGCUUCCAAGUUACUAAUGAUGGAGAUCUUGUGAUCAAAGAUGUUUCGUUUACGGAUGCCGGUGAUUAUACUUGUUUUGCGGAGAAUAAAUUUGGGCAUCAGAGGGCAGCUGGAUCGCUUGUGGUGAAGGAACGCACUCGGAUAACGGAUUCACCUCAAGAUUAUGAAGUUCCUGCUGGUCAAACUGCUACGUUCAGGUGCAAUGCUGUAACUGAUAAUGAUCUGGAGCUCAGUAUUGAGUGGCUUACUGAUGGCAAACUUAUUGAUUUUGAGCAAGAACCACGAUUUGUGCAGCAGUCUGAUUUCUCCCUGAGUAUUACAAAGACUACUGAAUUGGAUUCUGGGGUUUACACUUGUGUUGCCUCAACAGAUCUAGAUAAGGUUACAGCUUCAGCCACACUUAUUGUCCAAGAUGUUCCAAACCGUCCCCAGUUGCUGUUACCAGUGAUUUGCAAUGAUCGUGAUGCAAGUUUUGAGUGGCAGCCUAUGGGUGACAACCGAGCUCCUAUCUUGGGUUAUGUUAUUCAGUAUAAUACAAGCUUCAUACCUGAUACCUGGGAGAAUGCUUAUGACUCUGUUCCUGCCACCAGCACCAGGUUUAAUAUUAAUUUAAGUCCAUGGGCAAACUACACCUUUAGGGUAAUUGCAAAGAAUUCUAUUGGUCCAUCACAACCUUCUCAACACUCAGAGAUGUGCACAACGCCACAAGAUGUUCCCUAUAAAAAUCCAGAUGGGGUUGAGGGUAAAGGCUCUUCUCCUCAGAACUUAGUAAUUAAGUGGUCGCCCAUGCCAGAAAUUGACCACAAUGGUCCAGGAUUCAAAUAUCGUGUGUACUGGAAGCGUGAUGACAUUGAUAAUGCCAAAUGGCAGACUGAAGAUGUUGUGGACUGGCAGCAGGAUCAUUAUGUUAUACCUAAUCAACCCACAUUCAAGCCAUACAAAAUCAAAGUAGAAGCUCAUAAUGAUCGGGGCCAAGCACAUGUAGCAGCUCCAGAAAUUACUGGCUGGUCUGGUGAAGAUGUUCCGAUAGAAGCUCCAAGGAAUUUGACUCUGCUUGAUCUGAAGGAUGCAACUACUGCAUCUCUGUCUUGGGAACCCGUUUCAAAUGAAUCUAUCCGAGGACACUUCAAGGGAUACAAAAUUCAGACUUGGACUGAAAAUGAAAGUGAAGAGAAGGCACGAGAUAUCAUUGUGGAAAAUAACAAUGAACCAAGUGCUCUUGUCACCUCAUUUGUUCCAUUCACCAAAAACUUUGUCCGUGUGCUAGUGUUCAAUGGUGCUUAUGAUGGUCCUCCCAGUGAAUCUAUCAGCUUUGUAACACCAGAAGGCAAGCCUGGACCUGUUGAUUCUCUUGAUGCUAUUCCUAUGGGAUCAUCUGCAUUCUUCCUCCUUUGGAAAAAGCCUAAACAACCAAAUGGUAUUUUGACUGGUUACCACAUCUACUAUCAAGAGGUUAAAGGCACUAAUACAGGCCCUCAGUCUGAACGUGAUCCACCCAUAAAUGAUCCCCUGUUAACAAGGGCUAAACUUGCAUCUCUGAAGCCAGGAACAAAGUACCGUAUUACAAUCAGGGCACGCACUGCAAUGGGUCUAGGGUCCAGCUACUACAUUGAACGAAUGACCCGAAACACUGACGCAACACCUCCAGGAAAACCAACAUUCGUCUGGCAGCACAUCAGCAUGAAAACAGGAGCACCGGCCAUCAAAAUCACCUGGAUUCCCAACACUGAGACCAACCCCGGAUCACACUUCUUUGUCAAAUACAAGUUGGAAGGGGAAAGCAUGUACCAGGAGACCAAGCCUGAAUUAUACCAAGAUUUUAUUGUACUAAAAGGUUUGGAGGCUGAAAAAACGUACCAGAUGUCAGUGGUAGCUGUAGAUGGAAUCUAUAACAGUGAAUCUGAUGUAGAGGAGAUUGACACCCAUCUGUCUGGUGUUACCUCGGGAGUGAUUCGUGUCCCAUCUGAGAAUAUUGCAACUCAUGGUUGGUUUAUUGGCAUGAUGCUUGCCAUUGUCUUCCUCCUCGUGAUCCUUAUUUUCGUAUUGCGUUGUCAAGCGUAAUGUGGAGGAAAAUAUGCCGUCCAGGAACGUGAGGCUGCUCAUGGGGGUACAGACUUCAAUGAAGAACAAGGGUUCCCUGAAUUUGCCCAGCCGUAUGUUUUCAAAUAUUGUAUCAUUAAAAUAACCUGA